AUGAAAAAUGAUCAACCAAAGUUUUCAAAAUUAGAUAAAAGAAUAGGUACAUUAGGUAAAGGAAUUUCAGGUCAAGUUGAUCUAUACGAAACUAAAAAUAAAUUUGGAUACGCAGUAAAAGUCUAUUAUCCAAAAGAGAACUAUGAAUCAAACAAAGAGUUCAAAAUUAGAGUCCUACAUGAAUAUAAUAUACUUUCCAAGUUAGAUCAUUGUAAUAUCAUCAAACAAUACAAAUAUGAUGUACUGUUACUUGGAUCAACUAUUAAAUUAUACAUGCCUGUUGGAUCACCACAUUUAUAUAAAUUAGUGAGAAACCGAAAUAAUUUGGAACAAGAUGAACUACUAUGUAUUUGGAAACAAUUAUGUCAAGGUAUCAAAUACUUGCAUAGUGUAAAUAUCUGUCAUCGAGAUAUUAAGUUGGAGAAUAUAAUUUUUGAUUCAGAGUAUAAAUUAAUAAAAAUUAUAGAUUUUGCAACUGCACAAGAAGUUGCACCAGAUACUUUAUCGAUUGGGCUAGUUGGUUCAGAAAAUUAUGCAGCGCCAGAAACUUUUACAAGUUUGAAAUACGAUGGUAAAGCUUCAGAUAUUUGGUCACUUGGGAUUAUACUAUACUAUUUAAUAAAUAAAAAACUUCCAUGGAAACUGGCUCAAUGGAAUGAUUUAGAUUUUAAACAAUAUCAAACUGCAUUAAAUGAAGAAUCCAGCAAUACAAUACUAUUCAAUUUAGGUUUAGAUGCAAUAAAAGAGAGUCAACUUUUACAACCAGAUCCAAAUAAACGUGUAUCUAUAUUUGACUUUGAUUAUUUUUCAUGGUUUGAAAAUAUUCGGUUUUGUAAUUCCAUUCAUUCAUGUGGUUAUAAUCAUAAUCAAACUUUUAAAUGA